AUGGCUGGUCAUGCGCAGCCCGGAAAAGCCCCAGGCAGUCGGUUAAAGCCCGUGGCAGACUCGCUCGACACCGUGGGGUUUGUAUCCAAAGGCGAUCAAAAAUUGCUAGACCACAAGGUUCAGAAAGAGUACUAUGACAAGAUUGUAAAUCGGUACAUGGAGUUCUGCGCUCGCCAUUCCAAAAACAUAGAAGCGGCAUGGACGUCCCUUCCCAGGAGCGCUUCGAGCGAUGCCACCAGCAAUCCGCCAGCUUCUCUUCCCUCCUCAAACAAUAAUAAGUCGACAGGGCCCCGUAGUCCUUCCCCAUCUGCAGAACUAUCCACCAUCCUCCUCUCCCUCCGCAAGCUGCGCGAGGCGGUUUUGGCUACCAGCUCCAAGAUUCCCAUAUCUUUCUCCCAGCAAGUCCACAUCUUUUCCAUCAAGCUCGCGAUUCAAGCCCGACAUCCUCCAUCAUACUUUCCUUCCUUUCGUUACAUCCUCGAGGAUUUACACACUUCUUCUCACCCCUUGCCGGACUCUGACUUGAAAGAUCUCAUUUCGUAUUGGAUCCUGGAUUACGCCUGUCGACAGGAGGACAUGGUUGCGGCUUAUCAGCUACGUGCGCGUGCCCGCAGACGAUACGGUUUUCAGUCAUCGACUAUAGACCGUGUAUUGAACGCCCUGGCACAUGAUAACUGGAUUGUGUUCUGGCAGAUUCGGCAAGAUGUAGAUUCCCGGAUGCGCGCCGUCAUGAAUUGGGCUGAAGACCGCGUCAGACGACAUGCUCUCAAAGCAGUCGGCAAAGCUUAUCUCAGCACUGACACCCGAUGGAUCACCGAAGGUUGCACCGGUGACAGCAAUUGGACAUGGGAGAACCUGGUAAAGGCGGAGAGCCUGGGCUGGGAGAAAGAGGGCGAUAGAAUCAUUAUUCGGAAGCCGAAGCAAAGACCGCAAAGUAAUCUUGCACCCAUAAAGGAGAAUCCAUGA